UUCCUGUUUUAGCUCUGAAAUAUUGGCGUUGUGUCAUAUUCCUGUCUUAAGCACCCUGAAUGCAUCAUCUUUUAUCUGGAAACACGUCUACAGGCCUCAGCAGGUUAAAGGUCACAGCCUCGACAGCACGGCUUAGGUUUGAAAAGCUGCGUCUGAGCAAAGCAGCAGACUUCUGAGCUUUUUAAUUAACAUCUAAACUCCUCUCUUAUUCAUGAAUGGUAACCUGACAGUAAACGUCCAAUCAGAAAUCAGCUUUCGUUUGAAUCUAGGACCAGCUGGAUUUGAGACAUGAACAGCUCAUCGUCGCUGUUUGAGCAAACAGUCGUCACACAAAGCAAAUGUUUCUUUUACGUUUUUUUUCCUUCUGAUCUAAAAUGUUCUGUUUGUCGUUGUUCAGUGAGGAAGGGAAUGAAUGGGAACAGCAAUGCAACAUACCAACGCAGCCCCAGUGCAACCUAACAUCUGGAACAUCGAUGCCGCUGAUGCUACCAGAGUGGGAGUCCCAGUAUUACCUGCACGUCAAAGCGUUCUUCAACCAAACCUGGUCUCCAGAGUCCGAAAUAAUAGAUUUUGUCCCUUACAAACAAACUAAAUUAGGUCCUCCAGAGGUCUCACUGGUCGGAUAUGAAAACUACAUCCACAUCAACAUUUCACUGCCUUGGACUGAUGACCUGCCAAACUUUCCCGGUAUCCAGCAAUAUUACGGAGCCAGUUUCAGAGUCUCAUUUCGGAUCGGAACCGAUGGAGAAAAUGGGGUAAGACAUCAAUUUCAUCCCAACAUCAAUGUGCUGAUUGUUGCCAUCUUCAUCGUCACGAGCUGCCUGCUCCUCCUCUUCUACACGGGAGUCAUUUGUAAACUGAAGGAAACUGUGCCCAGAGCUCUAAUUACGGCUCUAACCAAAGGCUACGUCCUGACCCCGCAGCCCACCGUCCCAGAUCCCAUCUCAGUUACCUCGGAGACCGGGGAGCAUAACGAUCACACAACAUCACCUUCUGCCAACAUUGACGAUAUCUCAGAGGACGAUGAGGAUGAUGAUGGCAACAUGCACUAUGUGAACAGAGCAGUGGAUCUCUCCUCGGGGGAGAGCUGCUGCUGUGAGGAGCUGUCUGGCAACAUGUCACCGAACAGCGAGCCAACGGCAGCACUGGACGCUGGAAGUUCAAGGUUAUUUGCUAAGGUGAAGGUAACGGCGCUGCCUGCAGAGUCUGACGAAGGCCAGGUGGAGACGGAGGUGGAGGGAGCGCAGCUCUGUUUGGUGAAAGAGAGGAGUCGAAGUGGAGUCUGGGGACAAAGUCAGGACGAGGAGGUGACGAAGUCCAAAGAGGACAAGGAGGUGUGGGACAUCUCCGGCAAUGUCAACCUGUUCUCAGUCACCCUCGCCUCAAUGGCUGCACGUGAUGAAGAUGAGGAGGACGUCACAGGCUUUUUGAAAGAGUCCAGCCUGGAGGGUUUACCUGCCACAGACUCACAAACUGAAUCAGAUCACCUGACACCUCAAGUAUUCCCGACACACACAGACUGCACUGUGAGCAGAUGUGAAGGCAACAGCACGGACACGCUAACUGAAGAGGAAGAGGAGGAGUUCUCGCCUUAUUUGAGAAACAGAUGAUACUGAUGUGUGCUGCUCUGAGCGUCGAUGACUCGCAGGUUCUCCUCGUGUUUGUAGACCAGCUUAUUAUUUGGUGCUGCAGGUCAGAAGAUCUGCAAAUGAACCAGCCGGAUUUUCUGUGUGCGACUUUUUGACUUGUUUGACUGUGAACAUAAAACUGAUGCUGCCAAAUGGGGUCCAGACACUUUUUAAUGUUGUUUGAAAAUUAAACAUAAGCAUUUUAAGAAAAUCAAAGGAAACUGUGACAUUUCUCUUUCUAAUGUUCUUCAUUAAAUAUAGAUUUUAAUGUUUGCUUUUCUCCUGGUUUCCAUUCUCUGUACUUCAAAAUUAAGUUUUGGUCAUCUCACGCUGGGUCUCCUCUGUCUCAGACGAACUGUUUUUGCUGCAGUGACUUUAAAACUGCUGCUUUCUGAUUGGCUGCCCCUUGUAAACAGAAGCUGGCUGGAGCUUCUGAGACGACCAUAUAAGGGUAUACCCUCCCUCUGAUAUAAUACAGUCUCAGGUGUAGAAAAAACUGUCUGCAGAAGAGCCUUCGACUUACUUGUUCAUGCAUUGACCAGUGUUUCAUAUAAACAUCCAUGGCUGGAACAGAAGAUACGUGAACAGAAAUUAGCAGAAAAAGAAUAAUGUAAUAAUUAUUACAUUUUAUUUUUUAAUAUUUAAAAAAAUGAGAGUCCUUAAUGAUUUUUCCAUGCUACCUUACAUUGGUGUCAUGGGUUUAAAAAUUUGACUUAACUCAAAAUUUUGAUUUAGUAAAUUGAAAUUUUGACUUGCGUACCUCACAAUUUUGGGAUCAAACUACCAACCUUCCAAUUAGCAGAUGAACUGCUCUAACACCUGAGCUACAGCCACUCUGUACCCCAUGCUAAUAUUGUUGCUAGCCAAAUCAUAAUGCUAGUGGAUUUCCAGAUUACUUCAGCAGUAUGACUGUUGACAUUUAAUAAUGUAAUCGAAUUAAGCAAAGGUCUGCAGUGGUUUGAUGCAGCAGAGUUGUAGCAUGAAGGCAGUUUAUUCCUACAUUAGAAUGUAAAUGGGAACUUUGUAAGGGCAAAGAUGGAGGUUAGCACAACUUCCAGAGGGUACAAAAUCAGUUUAAAGGCUUAUUUUGAGACAAACCUUCAAACCUUUCAAUCACAUUUGACUGCUGAUGUUAUUUGUGUGGUUUUUAUGUCUCGGUGACCUCUGGAGUUACGGUUCAUUUAGAGAAAAGUCACGGGUAUAUAUCAGCUUUUUGUUUUUUAGUGAAGCAAGAACAAGGAUUGAUGUACACAACAUGGCUACAAGAUAUGCACUUUCAAUCAAAUAAAUAAAAUGAGAACUUACUAAA